CCGGGAGUCCGAGAGGCGGCCCGGGCCGUUGGGACGGUCACGGGGCCCCGGAGGUGCCGGCGCAGGCCGCGUUCGCGUCCCCACAGUUUUUGCCAGGGAACCUUUUAUGGGGGUUUGUUUUCUUCAUCACUGACGGUCUCGUGCUGUUAUUUGUAUGAAAAUGAGAAACCGCCCCCACGCUAUCCUCUACACGACUGUUUCCACGAUCUGAAUUGUUUUGACGUAGCAAUUUUGCAUUUCCGUCACAGUAAAAUUCCCAUUUUUUAAAAAAAGAUCUAUUUUGCCUUUGGAAGCCCCAGGUAACCGUGGAAACCUAUUUUUACCUUUAGGUUAUUCUUUGUAGCACAUUCAGAAAAUGGUGGUGUGUUGACUUGAGUAAUUGUACAAAAGAAACAUUUCGGGGUAAUGUAGAAUUCAGCCCUCUUCAGAACACUUGACUUAGCUUAUUAAAGCGAACUGAAGCAGAAGUCUGGGGACCCAGUAGGAGGGGCCCUGUUUCCAGAACUCGGGUCCUGCGCCAGGAAUUUUUGCCAGGCAACGUCAACUGCCACUACCGCCUCUAAGAGCAAUCUAUUCUUCUGUCGUUUGAUUAGUUAACUAUGUUUAUGCAGUAACCAUUAUUUUGGAAAAUGCAAACGUUUUCAACUUCGGUUGUGGUUAAUUGUAAAAUGUGAUAUACGUUAAAACGUUCAGCUUGAGAUAACUAAAGCACAGUAUUGGCUUCACCUACCUUUUCUUGAUGCUUAAAACCUGGAAAAUAUCUUUCUUGUUUUGUUUUAUUUUCAGUUCCCAAACAUCACAGAUUAUACUUAACUAGUAUGCAAGAGGAACACAUUUCUUCUUCAUCCGUUGAAAAACAAUGGUCUUAAAAGCUGAGUUGUGUCUUCAGUAUUUCACUGAAGUGUUACAGUGUUUGAGGCCAGAGAAAGCCUCCAAGAUUGACCUUUUUAACUUCCUAAGUCAGUAAACUUGACUGGGUGUUUUUGCAAGACAAUGUAAGAAGCAGCCUUUGUCCAAAGGUUUUUACCCACCCAACGUAUAUGUGUAUACACAGAAUUGUUUGAGAGGAAGGUAGGUUGUGACUUGACUUUAUAGUACAUAUCUUUGUGCUUGGUUAGUUAUAGGCCAUAAUGGUCAAAAAACUUGUGCGACUGGAGAGGAAAGAGACCAAAAAAUGGAAAAUUAGCUACUAGAAAGAAUAGUCAAGUUGGAGAAUGGACGAGACUUGUUUGCUGAUUUGGUAUGACAUGAGAACAAACCUGAUAAUUACAUCACUUCCAUCAAAGUUUUGCUGUUGAGGCUUUGUUUAGUAGUAUUAUGUAAUAUAGUAUAUUACUUAAUGUAACACUUUAAUGUACCACCUAUAAAGUUUUUGAAUGAUGUGCUCUUGACAUGGAAGUGUUUUAUAGCUAGUAUUGAGGAGGGCUGAUUUUAAGACGGAAGGUGGCCAGUUCGGCAGUUAAAGAUGAGCCUGGGCUUUAAGGAAAUUCAUAAGAAGACGUGACAAGACUGGCCGUGCAGCAUCACAUUCUAAACGAUUAGAGCUCAGAACACAUGUCCCGUGGUAAUGAGCUUUUAAGUUUUUAAACUAUAAGUAGCUAUUUUAAGACGAUUUAAGAUUUUAAUCAAUUUUGAUUGAUUUUAAAAAUAUUUAAAAACCGUGGAUGUAAAUCUUGUCUGUUUAAGACAAAACCGAUUACCCCUUAUCUCAAACGCUCCACAAAAUCUCGACCUCUUGGCCAGAUUCACUCUUCCCUCCAAUCUCACUAUCCCAGGAAAUCCCGCCUCUUCUCUGUGACGUCAUCACCCAUGAAUUAAAUCAUCUGAUGUUAAUCAUCAUAUUCAAACUGAUCUCUUGCUCCUGGAUUCUUCCUGCCUGUAGUUUAUUCCCCAAACUGUUGUUCCUAGCCUUGUCUAAUCAAAGGUAAUUUUCGAGUUCUUUUCCUUUUCUCUCUAUACUGUUUAAGUAGAGGCUCUUAUCUUCCUGGAAUUCUUGGGUGGGUGUAGGUCUGUGAACUCUACUGAAAUUGAACUUAAACUUUUGUGCCCAAGGGCUUCUUUCUGUUUUUUUAUUAGAUUGUAGAGACUACAGACCACCCUCCUUCCACCCUCUCCCCUAACUCCCUGAAAGGCAGAGGCACUGCUCUGAGGAGUCACGUCAGAAACUAUGCAUGUCUGAUUUUCUUUUUAAGCACUUGCCUCCGUCCCUUUGUGGACUGUGGUUUGCGGCUUUAUCUCGAUUUUGGCGUCUCUUGCCAGCUGCUCUUGGACGUGCUGCCUUUGGUCCCGUUCUCCGUUCCUGCGGUGCUGCCUUCCGUUAUGUUUUAUCCUGUCUAUUGUCUGCAGUGCAUACGAACAUGGGAUUCAACUUCCCUGCUUCAGGAAAAGAAAGUGCCCUCAAAGGGGAGGCUCUCCUAAAAGAACGCAGAAGUUGGGGACAAGUCCCCCGAGCGUCUCCGACCCCAUAUGGCUGCAGAACCGAGACGGUCUUUGGCCCGAUCCCCAGCUGACCAGGCUCCCGAGGAGGAUCUUGUCAUUGUCAAGGUGGAGGAAGACCAUGGCUGGAACCAGGACUCAAGUCUGCAUGAAAAGCGUCCCCCCGGCCAAGAGCUGUUCCGCCUGCGCUUCCGGAAGCUAUGCUACCAGGAGACACAGGGGCCCCGCGAGGCGCUGAUCCAGCUCCGGGCGCUCUGCCACCAGUGGCUGCGGCCUGACUUGCACAGCAAGGAGCAGAUCCUGGAGCUGCUGGUGCUGGAGCAGUUCCUGGCCAUCCUGCCCACGGAGCUGCAGGUCCUGGUGAAGGAGCAUCAGUUGGAGGACGGUGAGGAGGUGGUGACCCUGCUGGAGGACGUGGAGAGGCAGAUCGACAUACUGGGACGGCCGGUCCCAGCUGGCGCACUUGGACACAGGGUCCUCUGGGAGGAGAGGCUGCCCUCAGAGCCCACGCCGGAGCCUGCGGAUGCUCAGCCCCAGCCUGUGGCCGCCCAGCACACACCCACGGUGCUCCCGGGGCCGCAGGAGAGCGCCGGAUCUGCUUCUCAGAGUCCCACUGCUUCCCAGAAAGGAAGUCCCGGAGACCAGGUGACAGCUACACUUCUAACAGCGGGCUUCCAGACUCUGGAGAAAAUCGAAGACAUGGCCGUGUCCCUGAUUCGAGAAGAGUGGCUUCUCGAUCCAUCCCAGAAGGAUCUGAGUGGAGAUAACAGGCCAGAGAAUUACAGAAGCACGUUCUCCCUGGGUGGUGAGACCAGGAAUGAGAACAGGGAAUUAGCUUCGAAACAGGUAAUACCUGCCGGAGCCCACCCACAUGGAGAGACGGCUGCCAAGUGCAACGGGGAUGCUGUCGGGGGUCUUGAGCAUGGAGAAGCUCGAGACCUUCUGGGCAGAUUAGAGAGGCAGCGGGGAAAUCCCACCCAAGAGAGACGACAUAAGUGUGACGAAUGUGGGAAGAGCUUUGCUCAGAGCUCAGGCCUUGUUCGCCAUUGGAGAAUCCACACUGGGGAGAAGCCCUAUCAGUGUAACGUGUGUGGGAAAGCCUUCAGUUACAGGUCAGCCCUUCUGUCCCAUCAGGACAUCCACAACAAAGUAAAACGCUAUCACUGUAAGGAGUGUGGCAAAGCCUUCAGCCAGAACACAGGCCUGAUCCUGCACCAGAGAAUCCACACUGGGGAGAAGCCGUACCAAUGCAGUCAGUGCGGGAAGGCCUUCAGCCAGAGUGCCGGCCUGAUCCUGCACCAGAGGAUCCACAGUGGGGAGAGACCUUACGAGUGUAAUGAGUGUGGGAAGGCCUUCAGUCAUAGCUCGCACCUCAUUGGACAUCAGAGAAUCCACACUGGGGAGAAACCCUAUGAGUGUGAUGAGUGUGGGAAAACCUUCAGGCGGAGCUCACAUCUCAUUGGCCAUCAGAGAAGCCACACUGGGGAGAAACCCUACAAGUGCAACGAGUGUGGGAGGGCCUUCAGUCAGAAGUCAGGCCUGAUUGAACACCAGAGAAUCCACACCGGAGAAAGACCCUAUAAAUGUAAAGAGUGCGGGAAAGCUUUCAAUGGGAACACGGGCCUCAUUCAGCACCUGAGAAUUCACACAGGGGAGAAGCCUUAUCAGUGCAGUGAGUGUGGGAAGGCCUUCAUUCAGAGGUCGAGUCUCAUUCGACAUCAGAGAAUCCACAGUGGAGAAAAGUCUGAAUCCAUAGGCGUCUAGGAAGAAACUCGGGUCGUAGUGUGGGCAUUGUUCAGCCUUAGAGAAACCACACGCACGUGAGAGGGCUUUCAGGGUACUGAAAGCGCAGGAAGUUUGUCCUCAGCGCAGCCUUCCGGAGGGUCAGAACCGGUGGCGGAGUUAGGACAGCCGUUCAGUGUUUGCGCCAGUGCCUUGAUGCAGGUGGGUUAGUGUGACUGUCUUUGGGGGUCCUGAUGGAGUGGAGCUCCGAAGGCCUAGUGUCUCCUGUAGAAGCUUAAAGUAGCAGUAGAGCGGGUUACUUGCUGGAGUGCGAAGCACUUAGCUCUGUCUUUUGGGUGAGUAGCUGUAGGUUUGAGAGAGGCGGCUCCUGGUUCCUCUGCCUCGUCCCGUCUCCUGUAUCCCCGUCUCCGUGUACUCAUAACCCUGAAGUUGCACUCAUGCGGCUCACCUGAUCGAAGCAGCCUCUGGGUGAGGUUUACGUUUGCGUGUAGCUCUCUGAGAUCCCAGUUCUGUAGCAGUUUUUGCAGACAGUUAAUGGAUUUAUGCUUCAGUGUGCAUUUUAUUUUAUUCUGAGGUUCCUGAUACUGGAGAGCCGUAUCCCCACGUAGACUUGGAAUGCUACAUUUUUAACAGUAUUUUUCUUCACAUGUCACUUUGGCCCCACGGAGUCAUUGACACCCAUAUGUACCCUUCAGCACACCCGGCCCCAGUGCCCAUGUUAGCUAAGGACGUGGACGCGUUAGUGAUGGUUGUGGGCGUGUGCAGAGAGCGAGGGGAGGGGAGGUCAGCCCGCUGCCCUUGGGCGUGGAUGGUUGGACCUUUUGGUGACUCUGGCUGUCCUCUUCACUGUCCCGCUGUACACUGUGGUGCAAGUACGUGUUCACACUCUGCUACGUGUGGCAUCACGUGGGAGGAAGGAGACAGGGACUUGAAGAAGAGUUAAGUCCCCACAGAGAACGUACACUUGUCCCUGUCGGCCCAUCACAGUACUGCUCUCUGGCUCCUGACCAGGUGGUCUGUCGCUCUUGUCAUGACCCUGGACCCCCUCCUUCUGUGGCCUCUGCACCUCACUCGUCAUUCUCUUUUGGAGUCACCGUUAGCUAUGCAUGUCUACAGUGGCUGCCUCUCGAGCGCUUCAGCCCACGGUUCCUCGCUUCUGAAUCCUGUAGUCCAGCCCACCGUCACCGGGCGCUGUGUUUCAUCUUUGAGGCUUGCGGCGUGCUGCCAGGGGACUUUGCGUGGAGCAGUGAGGCUGGUUUAAAGGGACAGGAGAACUUAGCAUCCACAUGUGGGUUGGCCCUUCGAUGGGGCGGUUGUGAUUUAAAGGCCAGUAGACCUGUCGCUGCUCCAGAUGUUCUGAACGCUCUCAAAUCCCCUUUUGAUAAACCAUGCAAGAAACACGGUGUUUCUCUCGAUUCACAUCUCAUUUUUGGCCGUUUGGUUACCCACUUAUUCACUCGAUUCGGAGUUGAGUCACUUUUGGCCAUUUACAAAGUCAUCUGUCACAGCUGGCACCGAUUCCACUACACCUGCUCAGGAGAAUAGGGUGUCCGUUCGGAUGAAAACCCAGGAGCAGCACGUAACCGCUCAGUGACCGUUCUGAGCACGGACAGCACUUACCACGCAAGUUCCCUAAACACUGUUCUUCAAAAUCAGUCAUGAAACCUUACACCAUAAAGGUCCACCUUUGGGAUCAUAAGUCCCUUCCCUCUAACAUCCCUUCACCACCACCGUCGUCAAGGCUGCCGACACCUGUCUCAGCAAGUCGCUGGUCCCAGCUGUCAUUUGUCGUCCUGGUUUCCUUGGUUAACUUUUCAAAACAGCGCUUUUCGUUGUCGUUCGUUUUCUUAUUCUUCCUUUUGCUUCUCCCCACUCUUCUCCUUUUGGCUCAUAUGUUACCAUCCCUAAUUCUCUCAUACUUGAAACUUCAAGUAACUGGAAAGUGAGAAAUCUGGUCGUGUCUAGACCUUUGCUCUCUGUGUCAGUUGUGCCCUUACCCUUUGUGAGAUUCUGAGGCCAGUGCUUCUUGGGUGCAGAUGUUACAUAGGAUGGGCGCGUUGUCGGAGGGAGGACGCGUGUGUACACGUGUGUGUGUACACACACUCAGUCCCAUAUAGUUGAGACUUCUGUUAUUUGUUUUCUCUCUCAAUGGAAGCUCUUAGCAGAGCAACACACUGAAAUGACUGUAGAUGUCCCAGCUAACAUCUCUUUGCUCAGAACAGCGCGCAGCCAGCCCAGUGUUUGACUUGGCGGAAGGGAAGAAAGACUCACUUGAAAGGGCAGCCUCGGAAAUGGCCGGGGAGGGUGACGUGGUGGAGAAGGCUAUUGUUCCUUUGGGGGUGUGAGUAGAAGCCCAUUUUUGGUCUCCAGUUCUCACUUUCGGCAUUAGAAUAUUGUUGAUCGGUCUGUGUGACCUGAUUUUGAGCUAACAGUGACAUGCACGAAGUUCCUUUAUCCUGCAGGUUCCAUUUUUAUGCUCUUCAUUUGAUGAACUGUUCAUCAGUGCUGCCUUCUACCAUCCUCAGCUUCCCGUGUUUGCACUCGGAAUGACAAAACAGUUCCGUAACUCCUGCCAUCCAGCAUCGUCGCAGGAAAGGCCUCUUAGGUGUCAGAGGGUGUCUGCCUUGAGCAAGGUGGCCGUGCUGGAACAUGGUGCUCGAUUCCCAUAGAGAGCAGUUAGCGCUGCUCGUGGUUCUGAGGCUCUAGAUAAUAAUGGCUGAUGUUUAUUGAGCACUUACUGUGUGCCAAACCCUGUGUUAAUUCUUUCUCAUGCUGUGAUCAAUAUGAUUAUAUUCCCCCUUUUAUAGGUGAGAAAGCUGAGGCUCAGGGAGUGGAAUGAGUUAACCAAGAUUACACAGCCGGUACACGUUAGAGCAGAGAUUCUAACCUGCACAUCCUGAUCCUCGAGCCCGUGCUGCUGACCACUGUGACGCCGUGUCCCUGAUGAACACCCUAACCCUGGGCAGCCGUUUCGGAGUGUUGUGUCCCUGGUUAUAGGAGGUACUGGGGACAGGAUCGUGCAGCAUAGUGCAAAUCCAUUACAAUUACUACAAUUGGUUGAAAAUGUCGUUUUGGUUUAUAAUGAUAUCUAAGUGUUGACACUUUUGAUGCUUGAUAGGGCUAGAAAACUAAACUGUGUAAAUAAAACACGUUUAAAAGAGUAACUGGGAGGAUAAAGCAGUAGCUUACAUGUUCAAUUACAUUUCUCUCUAGACCGCCCCAGGGAAAGUAGAAUUAUGGAGGGAAAAGAAAUAUCGAUGGGCCAGGCCAGGCAGAUGGACACUUAGGGUGACAAUAGUGAGUUAACCUACAGCAUAAAAGCUGGAAAGCCUGUAAUUUGCUGCCCAUUUCCGUCUAGCGUUCUGUUUUUCUUCCAGCAUUCAUGAUGUUUAAACGUCAUCUGUUGUUCAGUCCUUUUCCUCAGUCUGUUUUUAAAACUUCUGAACUGUUUUUUUGUACUCAGCACUCCACUGAAAUGUCCUCAGAGUCGCCAGUGGGUGAAUAUUAAUGCCUUUCUCAGUUCUUGCCCUUCUUGAUCUAUGUUUCGUACUGGUGAAUUUCCUCCAUCUCAACAGUUCUCUUCUGCUUUGGCUCGUGGGACCCUUGAUCAUUUUCCUCCAGUUCCUAGCCUUUCUGUCCACACUGAGAAUAGGUCCCGUGUCUUCAUUUUACUCAGCACUUUUUCUGCUCUCACUCUUCUGCAUUUUGAUUGCUAACACUUACCUUUUGUUUUUCAGAAACUCAGUAUUUCCCACCCUGUGUGUCAUCUCUCGACAGCUCCUUACACAGCUUGGUUUCUGAGAACAGAAGCCACCCGGCUUGUCCCCCAGCCCCCAGUUCCCUUUUAAACAGGCAUCGUGGCUCAGUGUUUGGACCCUGAGCACACUCGCCGCCCAUCGUGUUUCCCGCCCCAGUCUCUCCGCUCCGCACGAACCGUGUCUUGCUUAGUGGUUGCAGUUCUCAGUUUUCGUUUUGAGGCUGGGUCGUCUUACUUUUCUGCCAACCCUUCUUAGCCCUCUGUGCAAAUCCUUGUCGCCUGAGGCCCAGGUCACUGAAACCCUUCCUCUCCUGCUCCCUUGCUCUAGAUCCCCGUCCCGUUCGCGGCCCCGGCCAUCCUCCUCAGGCUCUAUUUCCAUGCCGUCUCGUUCUCCCUCAGGAACACCCAGCAGGUGACUCCGGUCAGAGCAGCGAGGCCACAGGUUCCCCGUGGCCUUGCCCUCCGCUUAGUCAGCCGCGUUCUCCAGCCUGUUCACCUUCAGCCAGCCGCUCACCCUUCCCGUGGCCUCCGGCAUCGUCCGUGAGCCCUUGCUCUGUGCCUUUCUCUUGCUGUGCUUUUCGCUUAGGUUUCUCUUUGGCCCCAGCUCACGGUCAUCACUCCCCUCAGGGCCUGGUGUCCUUUAUUCCUUCUGGUCC